AAACGGCCGAAACAUGCAAAAUUCAGAAAUCAACAACAUAGCGUUAACGGUGAUAUUUUUUUUUUGACUGGAUUUUACCGGCCAGUUGCUUUUCUCUACCAGACAAUAAUAUGUCGAAACAGAUUAGAAGUGCCGCCGGAUUUAUUAUAUACAGGAAAAUCGAAGAGAAAAUCCAAUAUUUACUACUGCAAGCGUCGUAUGAAAACCACCAUUGGACUCCGCCAAAAGGUCAUUUAGAGAAUGGCGAGACGGCUUUAGAUGCGGCCCUGCGCGAAACCCAAGAAGAAGCCGGAAUCGGAGUAUCGGAUUUGCUCGUCGAUCCAAAUUUCAAACAAGUGUUGCAAUACGAACCGGACAAGAAAGAUUACGUCAAGACAGUCACGUAUUGGGCAGCGCAUUUGCUCAAUCCGAACACGCCGGUGAUAUUGUCCGACGAACAUCAAGAUUUUAAAUGGUUGGCGGUGGAAGACGCAAAAAGACUAGCUCAAUAUCCCGAAAUGCAAUCGUUAUUCGAUCAAUGCGAUCAGUAUUUAACAAAGAACGAUCAACCGACAUGUUGACUUAUUUAUAACAAAAUGAUUUGUUAUAAAUAUUACCUAUAAUAUUGUUUUAAUCUUAAGUUACGAAUUCCAAUUCAUUUAGCCAGUUUAAUAUCAUUAGAGUGCUCUAUAAAAAUAAAUCGAUAUGUUAAACAAA